GCCACACACCGACGUCAACCACACCGAACAGUGCACAUUCUCUGUCAGCUCUCGAAGCAGUACGCAGCAGUAAGGACAAUCAUCAAACAAAAGAAAAAAAAAUAAAAACCACGUUGUCGCCAUUUUAUUGUCGCAGCAUUUAUUGACUGAAUUGUUCAUAUUACUUACUUCUAAUAUUCAUCAACAAAAAUCAAGAUGCCAAAUAUCAAGCUUCAAAGUUCCGAUGGUGAAGUAUUUGAUGUCGAUGUUGAGAUUGCAAAAUGUUCUGUAACAAUCAAGACCAUGUUGGAGGAUUUGGGUAUGGAUGAUGAUGAAGAGGAAGUUGUUCCAUUACCAAAUGUUAAUUCAGCUAUUUUGAAAAAAGUCAUUCAAUGGGCAACUUAUCACAAGGAUGAUCCACCACCAGCAGAAGAUGAUGAAAAUAAAGAAAAAAGAACUGAUGAUAUCAGUUCAUGGGAUGCUGAUUUUUUAAAAGUUGAUCAGGGUACACUUUUUGAACUCAUUUUAUCAGCUAAUUAUUUGGACAUCAAAGGUCUAUUGGAUGUAACAUGCAAAACAGUUGCAAACAUGAUCAAGGGUAAAACACCAGAAGAAAUACGUAAAACAUUUAAUAUUAAAAAUGAUUUCACUGCUGCUGAAGAAGAACAAGUACGCAAAGAAAAUGAAUGGUGUGAAGAAAAGUAAAUUAACAUUUAGAAUAAUAAUAAAAAAAAAAAUAAAAUAACUUUAACGUAAAUAUU